AUGACCAACCAUCAAGACUUGGAAGGUGAUGCUCGGCUUGAGAAGGCUGAAGUGCAGCAUGCCGAAGACGCCGUUACUAUGCAGGACCACCAGAAUACGACGUGGGAAUGUGCUCGGAAGAACCCAAAAGCACUACUUUGGGCCCUUUACGCAAACUUAGGAGCUACUUUGGUAGGCUACGAAAAUGUUGCUCUCGCGGUUUGUCUAGCGUUGCCCGCCUUCCAGAUGAAGUUCGCCAGCAAGGUUGACGGACAAUUAAUUAUCCCCGCUUACUGGCAGUCGCUCUGGAACGCAACAUACAACAUCAUGCAACUGUUUGGUUCCAUCUCAGCUGGCUUCGCCCAAGACAUAGCUGGUCGACGGGUAGUCUUCCUCUCAGGCAUCAUCAUCGUAUCCUGUGGCAUCGCUCUUGCAUAUGUGGCCGAAACACCAGCACAGUUCAUGGGGGCCAAGAUGGUCUCUGGAUUCGCUGUCGGUGCUUUCCAGUCAACGACACAAACUUAUGUCUCUGAGAUAACCCCUCUACCAUUGCGUGGUAUUGCUCUGUCUCUUAACAUUCUGAUGAUGAAUGUUGGAUUUCUCAUCGCUAUCUCCACGACAUAUUCCCGCGUCACAAUCAUGGAUGAGUCCGCGUUCCGGGUCAUAUUCGCUGCUGCCUGGAUAUUUCCCGGAAUUCUCGCACUUGGUCUUCCGUUCCUUCCAGAGUCACCAUACUAUCUCAUUAUGAAGAACAAACCGGAAGAAGCUUUGAAGCAUUUGGCCAAGCUCUACUCAGUGGACAAAGACCUAGACGCUCGUCUCACACAUAUGCAAGAAACCGUCGAAGCGGAACGCAGUAUGACCAGUGAGAAAGCCUCCUUCGUUGAAUGCUUCAAGGGAACCAACUGGCGUCGCACGCGAAUCAUCUUGAUCUGCAUGUAUAUGCCGCAGAUCGUAGGUUCCAGCUUGUUAUCCAAUGCCCCAUACUUCCUCAGCCAGACAGGCCUCAGCAGCGGCUUAAUCAUCAACAUAAUGCAGGUUGGCCUUGCAGUGUCAAUUCUGUCCUCCAUGUUCAACAUCUACAUGAUGAAUCUCUUCCGACACCGAGUACUCAUGUUCACUGGUAUGUCUAUCUGUGCUAUCGUCUAUCUGACCAUGGGCGUGGCGGCAUCUUGUCCUCAGUCUCAACGAACUCUGAUGGCUAUUGGAAUUGUCAUGCAGUGCCUAAGUCUUGCAUAUGGUCCAGCUGUUGGCUCAAGUCUUGCUGUCGCUGGCGAAGUUUCUGCAUCUAAGCUGAGGGCUAAGUCGCAAGGAAUCGCGUUCGGAUUUCAGGCUAUAACGAGCACUGUAUGGGUGACUGUUCUUCCAUAUAUGUUUAACAAGGAUGAGGGUAAUAUGGGCGGGCAUAUCGGUUGGGUCUUCUUUGGCAUGACGGUUUUGAUCAUGUUGGCUGUCUAUUUUGAUGUCCCCGGUGCGAAGGGCAGGACAUUUCAUGAGCUGGACAUUAUGUUUGAGAAGAAGAUCUCUGCUCGCCAUUUUGAAAGCUAUAAGAGCGAGUAA